UUGAUAUCUGCGCUUGUGCACCACGGCGCAGAGCAUGUGUAACUGUCUUCACGUCGUGACGGUUUUAGUGAUAGUAAAUAUACCAACAAAACUACCCACCAAUCGCUCGUUGUUACCAAACUCCCCACCUCCACACACCAUGUUUGAGUGGCUUAGAUCGCCGGUGAAUUGGACCGGUGACCACAAAUCCCUCCUGUUAUCAGAAGAUAACAACUCCGAACCAACACCCGAUGUGUCACUAGCAGACCUAAUUAACCAGAGUUCCACAUUUCCACUGGAUUUCCCCGUCGAGUCAGUGCGUUGUUGCCAACUUCGGCAAGUGACAUCCGAAAAACAACUAGAAAAAAACAUCAAUUCUGCGUAUCCUGUCAUCCACGAGUAUGCCCUCUACUUAUGCUCUGUCUUUCUCCUCUAUCAAAGAAAAUUCGGCUUAAAAACAGAUUUCUACAAAAACAUGUCCUUGAUUCAGUUCAUUAAUCGAUUGUUGAGCAAAAGAGCGGCAGUUUUUGUGGAUUCAAGCGACAGUUAUUUGUUGCUGAGUGGGGAAAGAGGGAGCGGUAACUGGGAAAAUGUGGGAACGAUUGAGGAAAAACCGCCACUUGUUUUGGAAAACUGUCUAAGUUAUGAUGAGAUGAAAUUGUCGGCGCUGUUGUCGGUGUCGUCACACAGCUACUUUAUCAACAAUGGCGAUAGAAAUAACUUUGGACGGUUUGAUGAAGACCGGAGAAGAGUUGAAGAGAGUGGGGUGAUUAUAGGGGUGAUUGGACCACGUUUUGAAAAAGCCGAAGUUAUGGAAUAUCGGGAUGUUGUAAAAACGAAAAGACAGAACACCGUGGGUUAUGGCUAUGGAGAUUCUCCAGUACCUACGCUACAGGGGGAGUUUGCAAAGUUUUAUGAGGUAUCCAACGAUACGUACUCUCAGUUCUUAGAGAACAAGGAAUCAACUGUACACAGAUACCUCACUUUAGGUAGAGGCAAGUACUUCGACACACUCGUGUACCAGAAAAGGCUCGCCCUUUCCAUUGACACCCUUCUGAUAGAAGCUAACGACCGAGCCAAAAACGAGAACAAGAUGGCCUACGUCCACGUGGUGGGUCUAGGUCUGGGAGUGUGGAGAAUUUCGUCCGUCCAAGACAAACUAUUCAUGGACGCAUUUGCCCAACGUUUAGAAGUCUUGUCUGAGCAUUUAAAGAAUAUCAGCGACGUACGAUUUGCCUAUAUUUCUCACAAAACUGCAGGAAAAUAUGCAGAUGGAGACAGAAUAAAUGGUAUUAGCCUCCACAUGGUCAACAAGAACCCUCAAGAGAAGUUAACAGGCGAAGAUGAAGGUAAAUUACUCGUGGUAUCAUAUCCCUGGGAUGGUAACGCUUUACCAGGGAACGAAUUCUGGGAUGGAAGUCUGAAUGCUAGUGGAGAUCCCGCUGCUGCCAGUUCUUCACAAAUAUCAGAGCUGCACAAUUGGCACAUCAAUUCAAAAGUUAGCGCCAGGAAUUUAAGAAUAGCCACCUUCAAAGGAUUAGUGACGUUCCACGAGUACCAGGAACUACACAAAAAUGACUGACUUUGUAAAUUAUUUUAUUAGAAUAGGUCUAGUUUUGUAUUGUAACUCCUUUUUUGAUGUAAGUUCCAGAAUAAGGAAGAGUUGUGAUAAACGGACCAAUAGUCUUAAGAAAAAUUUGGUCCUGAUUA